UUCGAAGCCAUGGCAAUGUUGACUCAUAGGAAUUACCCAGGAGCAGGCGUAGUAAGAACAUGGGAAUUGGGCAAUCGACACCGAAAGAGAUGGACGAGGCCUUGAUAAAAAGUAUCCAGGAAACAGUUAAUGGAAACUGUAUUGUGGUCUAUGAAAAGCCGUCAUGCCCGUAUUGUAAAAUGGCCAAGAAGGUGUUUACUGACAUGGGAGUGUCCUACCUGAAUAUUGACAUCAAUAAAGAGCACAAUACAUCUGAGAUACAAGAUGCUCUUCAGCACAUCACUGGGGCCCGAUCUGUGCCUCGUGUGUUCAUUGGAGGCAAGUGUAUCGGCGGGGGCUCAGAAACACAAGCGUUGUAUGCCAGCGGUGAGCUGCAGAAGAUGAUAGCGGCAUGCCAGUAAGAUGACACCGGAAAUAAGAGGCGUGCCAUCAAAAAUAAAGUUUGUAAAUCUCACGGACAAGAAAUCGGCCGCACCAAGGGCUUGAGCGUCAUCUGUACUUUUGGUCAGAACUGAUCAAAGCUGCAUCACUUUGAGUGCGAUUUAUUAAGGGGUAUUGUUGAGAUAUUUGAUGUAACUUCUCGCGAUGGAAAUUUUAUGUCAUCAUCAUUGGAAAUAAAAGAACCCGCACUUUUACUAGAUUCAUAUUCAUUCCAUGUUAAAAGAGCUACUUGCUGUAGUAUAAAUGGCUAGUGUUUGUUGCGGCGUAAAUGAAAACAUCACUCAUGUAAUUUUAUCCUUUAUUAAAUCCUGCAGUCCA